UCAUAAAUAGGUUACUUCACACUGUCUUUGCACUACACUCUCCACUAAAAACAAAACCACUAUGGCUUCCAACAAGAGUAGUAGUACUCAUCAACCAUUAACAUUGCUCCUCUUCUUCCUCUUCACCCUCUCCUCUGCACAUGCCAAAGGUGGCAUAGCCAUCUCCUGGGGCCAGAACAAUGGCGACGGCACCUUAACCUCCACAUGUGACACCGGAAACUUUGAGAUUGUGCUCCUCGCCUUUCUCGACACUUUCGGUUGUGGCACAACUCCAGAAUUGAACUUUGCUGGCCACUGUGGGCCAUGGUUCCCUUGUGACAAUCUACAACCAGAAAUUGAACAUUGCCAAAGAAACGGUGUGAAGGUGUUCCUCUCCCUUGGAGGAACCUUUGGGCCCUACGCCUUAUGCUCGCCGGAAGACGCCAAGAACGUCUCCGACUACCUUUAUAACAACUUCCUCAGUGGCAAAACGGGUCCAUUAGGGAGUGUGUACCUUGAUGGCAUUGAUUUCCACAUUGACGGUGGUCCAAAACUUUUUUUUUUGGGACGACUUAGCUAGAGAACUCGAUACGCACC